GGCGGCCGGGCCAGCGCCUGCGGUGGGAGGCUGGUGGCAUGGGGGAGUUGCCGCCGCCUCCACAACCACCGUAACCUCUAGCGAGCCCAGGUGCUGCUCCUAACUCCCGGAACUGCAGACGUGGAUAGGGUCGCCUUACAGCGUGACACUACUCGGAGGGCGCGGCCUGGGCUGCGUCCCCGGGACUAGCUGAGAGGGAAACAGGCGGAGGCGCUGGGAGCCUCCGGCGGGCGGGGCGCAGAGGACGCACCUGGCAGCCUCACCGCCGGGCCAGACUCCGGGAGCAGGCGCUGCGGCGGCGGCGGCGGCGGCAGCUGCGAGGAUGUCGCAGCUAUCGCUGCUCCCCGCCUCGGCGGAGACUCGGAAGUUCACCCGGGCGCUGAGUAAGCCGGGCACAGCGGCCGAGCUGCGGCAGAGCGUGUCGGAAGUAGUGCGGGGCUCGGUGGUCCUGGCAAAGCCAAAGCUGAUUGAGCCACUUGACUAUGAAAAUGUCAUCGUCCAGAAGAAGACACAGAUCUUGAAUGAUUGUUUAAGGGAGAUGCUGCUCUUCCCUUAUGAUGACUUUCAGACAGCCAUCCUGAGACGACAGGGUCGAUACAGAUGCUCCACAGUUCCUGCAAAUGCACAAGAGGAAGCACAGAGCUUGUUUGUUACAGAGUGCAUCAAAACCUAUAACUCCGACUGGCAUCUUGUGAAGUAUAAAUAUGAAGAUUACUCAGGAGAGUUUCGACAGCUUCCAAACAAAGUGGCCAAGUUGGAUAAACUUCCUGUUCAUGUCUACGAAGUGGAUGAGGAGGUUGACAAAGAUGAGGAUGCUGCCUCCCUUGGCUCUCAGAAGGGUGGAAUCACCAAGCAUGGGUGGCUGUACAAGGGCAACAUGAACAGUGCGAUAAGCGUGACCAUGAGGUCAUUUAAAAGACGGUUUUUCCACCUAAUUCAACUUGGUGAUGGAUCCUACAAUUUGAAUUUUUAUAAAGAUGAAAAGAUCUCUAAAGAACCGAAAGGAUCGAUAUUUUUGGAUUCCUGUAUGGGUGUGGUUCAGAACAACAAAGUCAGGCGUUUUGCUUUUGAGCUCAAAAUGCAGGACAAAAGUAGUUAUCUUUUGGCAGCAGACAGUGAAGUGGAAAUGGAAGAAUGGAUCACAACUCUAAACAAGAUUCUCCAGCUCAACUUUGAAGCUGCAAUGCAAGAAAAGCGAAAUGGAGACUCUCAUGAAGAUGAUGAACAAAGCAAAUUGGAAGGUUCUGGUUCCAGUUUAGAUAGCUACCUGCCUGAACUAGUCAAGAGUACCCGAGAAGCAGAAAUCAAACUGAAAAGUGAAAGCAGAGUUAAACUUUUUUACUUGGAUCCAGAUGCCCAGAAGUCUGACUUCUCAUCAGGUGAGCCAGAAGCGAAACCAUUUGAAGAGAAGUUUGGAAAAAGAAUUCUUGUCAAGUGCAAUGACUUAUCUUUCAAUUUGCAAUGCUGUGUUGCUGAAAAUGAAGAAGGACCUACUACAAAUGUAGAGCCUUUCUUCGUUACUCUAUCCCUGUUUGACAUAAAGUGCAACCGAAAGAUUUCUGCUGAUUUCCACGUGGACCUGAACCAUUUCUCAGUGAGGCAGAUGCUGGCCACCAUGUCCCCAGCUUUGUUGAAUGGCAGCGGGCAGAGCUCACCUGCCCUUCAGGACAUCCUUCAUGAAGCCGCCAUACAAUAUCCAAAGCAGGGAAUAUUUUCAGUCACAUGUCCUCAUCCAGAUAUAUUUCUUGUGGCUAGAAUUGAAAAAGUCCUUCAGGGGAGCAUCACACAUGGUGCUGAGCCAUACAUGAAAAGUUCAGACUCUUCUAAGGUUGCUCAGAAGGUGCUAAAGAAUGCCAAGCAGGCAUGCCAAAGACUAGGACAGUACAGGAUGCCAUUUGCUUGGGCAGCAAGGACAUUGUUUAAGGAUACAUCUGGAAACCUUGACAGAAAUGCCAGAUUCUCUGCUCUCUACAAGCAAGACAGCAAUAAGCUCUCCAAUGAUGAUAUGCUCAAGUUACUUGCAGACUUUCGGAAACCUGAGAAGAUGGCUAAGCUCCCAGUGAUUUUGGGCAAUCUAGACAUUACCAUUGAUAAUGUUUCCUCAGACUUUCCUAAUUAUAUCAAUUCAUCAUACAUUCCCGUAAAGCAAUUUGAAACCUGUACUAAAACUCCAAUCACAUUUGAAGUAGAGGAAUUUGUGCCGUGCAUACCAAAACACACUCAGCCUUACACCAUCUACAACAAUCACCUCUAUGUUUAUCCUAAGUACUUGAAAUAUGACAGUCAAAAGUCUUUUGCCAAGGCCAGAAAUAUUGCUAUUUGUAUUGAAUUCAAAGAUUCAGAUGAGGAAGACUCUCAGCCUUUGAAGUGCAUUUAUGGCAGACCUGGUGGGCCGGUGUUCACAAGAAGCGCCCUUGCUGCAGUUUUACACCAUCACCAAAACCCAGAAUUUUAUGAUGAAAUUAAAAUAGAAUUACCCACCCAGCUACAUGAAAAGCACCACUUGUUGUUCACAUUUUUCCAUGUCAGCUGCGAUAAUUCAAGUAAAGGAAGCACAAAGAAGAAGGAUGUUGUUGAAACACAAGUUGGAUAUUCCUGGCUUCCUCUCCUGAAAGAUGGAAGGGUGGUGACUAAUGAGCAGCACAUUCCUGUCUCAGCUAAUCUCCCAUCUGGCUACCUUGGCUACCAGGAGCUUGGGAUGGGCAGGCAUUGUGGUCCUGAAAUUAAAUGGGUAGAUGGAAGCAAGCCACUGCUGAAAGUUUCAACUCAUCUGGUUUCCACAGUGUAUACUCAGGAUCAGCAUUUGCAUAAUUUUUUCCAGUACUGUCAGAAAACUGAAUCUGGAGCCCAAGCCUUAGGGAAUGAACUUGUAAAAUAUCUUAAGAGCCUACAUGCAAUGGAAGGCCAUGUGAUGAUUGCCUUCUUGCCCACCAUCCUAAACCAGCUAUUUCGUGUCCUCACCAGAGCAACUCAUGAGGAAGUCGCCGUCAACGUGACACGGGUCAUUAUUCAUGUGGUUGCCCAGUGCCAUGAGGAAGGAUUGGAGAGCCACUUGAGGUCAUAUGUUAAGUAUGCUUAUAAGGCUGAGCCAUAUAUUGCCUCCGAAUAUAAGACAGUGCAUGAAGAACUGACCAAAUCCAUGACCACAAUUCUCAAGCCUUCUGCUGACUUUCUCACCAGCAACAAAUUACUUAAGUAUUCAUGGUUUUUCUUUGAUGUUUUGAUAAAAUCCAUGGCUCAGCAUUUGAUAGAGAACUCCAAAGUUAAGGUAUUGAGAAACCAGAGAUUCCCUGCAUCCUAUCAUCAUGCAGUGGAAACUGUUGUGAAUAUGCUGAUGCCACACAUCACUCAGAAGUUUCGAGAUAACCCAGAGGCAUCUAAGAAUGCAAAUCAUAGCCUUGCUGUCUUCAUCAAGAGAUGUUUCACCUUCAUGGACCGGGGCUUCGUCUUUAAGCAGAUCAACAACUACAUCAGCUGCUUUGCUCCUGGAGAUCCGAAGACCCUCUUUGAAUACAAGUUUGAAUUUCUCCGUGUGGUGUGCAAUCAUGAACAUUAUAUUCCAUUGAAUUUACCAAUGCCAUUUGGAAAAGGCAGGAUUCAAAGAUAUCAAGCUUUUCUUUCACCAACUGUGGAGUCAAAUGAAACUCCUAUAGAUCUCCAGCUUGACUACUCAUUAACAGAUGAGUUCUGCAGAAACCACUUCUUGGUAGGACUGUUACUGAGGGAGGUGGGAACUGCCCUCCAGGAGUUCAGGGAGGUUCGACUGAUCGCCAUCAGCAUGCUCAAGAAUCUGCUGAUAAAACAUUCUUUUGAUGACAGAUAUGCUUCAAGAAGCCAUCAAGCAAGGAUAGCCACUCUCUACCUGCCUCUGUUUGGUCUGCUGAUUGAAAAUGUCCAGCGGAUCAAUGUGAGAGAUGUAUCACCCUUCCCCGUGAAUGCUGGCAGUACUGUGAAGGAGGAAUCACUUAUUUUACCAGCUGUAAAUCCAUUGGUGACACCACAGAAGUCUGGAAACACGCUGGAUAACAAUCUGCACAAAGAUCUCUUUGGUGCUAUUUCUGGCAUUGCUUCUCCAUAUACAACUUCAACUCCAAAUAUCAACAGUGUGAGAAAUGCUGAUUCAAGAGGAUCCCUCAUAAGCACAGAUUCAGGGAACAGCCUUCCAGAAAGGAAUAGUGAGAAAAGCAAUUCCCUGGAUAAGCACCAACAAAGUGGCACUUUGGGAAACUCUGUGGUCCGUUGUGACAAACUUGACCAAUCUGAGAUUAAGAGCCUGCUGAUGUGUUUCCUCUACAUCUUAAAAAGCAUGUCUGAUGAUGCUUUGUUUACAUAUUGGAACAAGGCUUCAACAUCUGAACUUAUGGAUUUUUUUACAAUAUCUGAAGUCUGCUUGCACCAGUUCCAGUACAUGGGAAAGCGCUAUAUAGCCAGGAACCAGGAAGGGUUGGGACCCAUAGUUCAUGAUCGAAAGUCUCAGACAUUGCCUGUUUCCCAUAUCAGAACAGGAAUGAUGCAUGCCAGAUUGCAGCAGCUGGGCAGCCUGGAUAACUCUCUCACUUUUAACCACAGCUAUGGCCACUCGGAUGCAGAUGUUCUUCACCAGUCAUUACUUGAAGCCAACAUUGCUACUGAGGUGUGCCUCACGGUUCUGGAUACUCUCUCUCUAUUUACAUUGGCAUUUAAGAACCAACUCCUGACUGACCAUGGACAUAAUCCUCUCAUGAAAAAAGUUUUUGACGUCUACCUUUGUUUUCUUCAAAAACAUCAGUCUGAAACAGCUUUAAAAAAUGUCUUCACUGCCUUAAGGUCAUUAAUUUAUAAGUUUCCCUCAACGUUCUAUGAAGGGAGAGCUGACAUGUGCGCUGCACUGUGCUAUGAGAUUCUGAAGUUCUGUAACUCCAAACUGAGCUCCAUCAGAAGUGAGGCCUCCCAGCUGCUCUAUUUCCUGAUGAGGAACAACUUCGACUACACUGGAAAAAAGUCCUUUGUCCGGACACAUUUGCAAGUCAUUAUUUCUGUCAGCCAGCUGAUAGCAGAUGUUGUGGGAAUCGGGGGAACCAGAUUCCAGCAGUCUUUGUCUAUCAUCAACAACUGUGCCAACAGUGACAGGCUCAUCAAGCACACCACAUUCUCCUCGGAUGUGAAGGACUUGACCAAAAGGAUACGCACUGUUCUGAUGGCCACCGCCCAGAUGAAGGAGCACGAGAAUGACCCAGAGAUGCUGGUGGACCUGCAGUACAGUCUGGCCAAGUCCUAUGCCAGCACCCCUGAGCUCAGGAAGACGUGGCUGGACAGCAUGGCCAGGAUCCACGUCAAAAAUGGGGAUCUCUCAGAGGCAGCAAUGUGCUAUGUCCAUGUCACAGCCCUGGUGGCAGAAUAUCUCACACGUAAAGGCAUGUUUAGACAAGGAUGCACAGCCUUCAGGAUGAUUACCCCAAACAUAGAUGAGGAGGCUUCCAUGAUGGAAGAUGUCGGAAUGCAGGAUGUCCAUUUCAACGAGGAUGUGCUCAUGGAGCUCCUAGAACAGUGUGCAGAUGGACUCUGGAAAGCUGAACGCUAUGAGCUGAUUGCUGACAUCUAUAAACUCAUCAUCCCCAUUUAUGAGAAGCGAAGAGAUUUUGAGAGGCUAGCCCAUCUGUAUGACACUCUACACCAGGCCUACAGCAAAGUAACUGAGGUCAUGCACUCAGGCCGCAGGCUCCUGGGGACCUACUUCCGAGUGGCCUUCUUUGGACAGGCAGCGCAAUACCAGUUUACAGACAGUGAAACAGAUGUGGAGGGAUUCUUUGAAGAUGAAGAUGGAAAGGAGUAUAUUUACAAAGAACCCAAGCUCACACCUCUGUCAGAAAUUUCUCAGAGACUCCUUAAACUUUACUCAGAUAAAUUUGGUUCUGAAAAUGUCAAAAUGAUACAAGAUUCUGGCAAGAUCAACCCUAAGGACCUGGAUUCCAAGUAUGCAUAUAUCCAGGUGACUCACGUUAUCCCAUUCUUUGAUGAAAAAGAAUUGCAAGAAAGGAAAACGGAGUUUGAAAGAUCUCACAACAUUCGCCGCUUCAUGUUUGAGAUGCCUUUCACUCAGACUGGGAAGAGGCAAGGUGGGGUCGAGGAGCAGUGCAAACGGCGCACGAUAUUGACAGCAAUACACUGCUUCCCUUAUGUGAAGAAGCGGAUCCCUGUCAUGUACCAACACCACACAGACCUGAACCCCAUUGAAGUGGCCAUUGAUGAGAUGAGUAAGAAGGUGGCUGAGCUUCGGCAGCUGUGCUCCUCAGCUGAAGUGGACAUGAUCAAACUACAGCUGAAACUCCAGGGCAGCGUGAGUGUUCAGGUCAAUGCUGGUCCACUAGCAUAUGCCCGAGCUUUCUUGGAUGACACAAACACAAAAAGAUAUCCUGACAAUAAAGUGAAGUUGCUUAAAGAAGUUUUCAGGCAAUUUGUGGAAGCUUGUGGUCAAGCCUUAGCAGUAAAUGAACGUCUCAUUAAAGAAGACCAGUUAGAGUACCAGGAAGAAAUGAAGGCCAACUACAGGGAAAUGGCAAAAGAGCUUUCUGAAAUCAUGCAUGAGCAGAUUUGCCCUCUGGAGAAGACAAGCGUUUUACCGAAUUCCCUUCAUAUCUUCAAUGCCAUCAGUGGGACUCCAACAGGCACAAUGGUUCACGGAAUGACCAGCUCGUCCUCAGUUCUGUGAUUCGUCUCAUGAACCGCGUGUGGGGAUUUGCUUUGUCAUUUGCAAACUCAGGAUGAUUUUCAGAGCUAAUCACAGGGCUCGUGCAAGACACUGGGAAACCAAGCACAAGGAGAAAUCAGGGGAAUAGGAGAGAAAAGUAAUGUAGAACUGUGUUAUGUCAUAGCAGAUUUUUUUAGAGGAGUCAUAAGAGGACACAUUUUUUUUUUUAAAUCUCACUGUCAAUAUUCAAAGUUUUCAUUCUGUCUUAACAGAAGUGUGUGUGGUGGAUACUAAUAAACUGAAGUUAGAUUUUAUUUUCCAUACAGAGUAGUAUUAAAAUAAAUGGCCUAGAGAAAACAAGUGUUCUGAAAUAAACAUAGCAGGGACAGUAGCACUGAAACUGAGGCUGGGGUAACCCUUUGCCUCUGGGCUAAGCUGGAAAAUCUUGAAAAUAUUUUUUUUCCUGUGGCACAUUCAGGUUGAAUACAAGAACUAUUUUUGUGACUAGUUUUUGAUGACCUAAGGGAACUGACCAUCAUAAUUUUUGUACUAGUGAUCAAGGAGGUUUAGUGCUUUUAUACAUAUUUACUUUAUCUAAAAAACAGGAAGGCUUAAGAAACUAUGUGAGCUUAAAACUAGUCAAGCAGUUUAGAACCAAAGGCCUAUGUUAAUAGGCCUUUAUAACAUAACUGUUAGAAAGUUUAAAGUAAUACAGUAUAUUGUUGUGUACAUAAAGUUUGUUAAUACAGUCUCAGCAUUCUGUACAUAUAUGUGUUACAUUUUUACAUUUUUAAUACUCCUCACAUCAGCUUCUGCAUUAAGUUUUAUUGUGACAAAUUUGUGCUGUUCCUAGCAUAUGCAAGACAUUUGACUUUACUGUUUUAUUCUUGUAAAUGAAAAGUGCAAUAUGGAGAUGUACACAAUCUUUGCUAUGUUAGGUUUAUAAACUUCUAAAAAGUUCAUCCUUUUGCCAAAGUGGUAGAGUAUGUAACUGGUAAAACAUAAAUCCUGUGGUGAAAAUGGUGUGAUUUAAAGCUUUCAUCAUGUUAUAUUCUUUGGAGACAUUAAUUUAGCAAUUUUAUAUUGGGGAAAAUAAAGGUUUUUAAUUUUAUUUAACUAGAUCCUCUGCCCUGCUGUAAUUAAAUAUUCUGUACCACAUCCGUAUUAAAAAUAUGCUGAUUUUCUGGUGA